AUGUUUUACCAACAAAAUUUGAUUUUUAGGUCAACCAAGCAUUGCGCGGUAAAGAUACUGAUGCAAGUGAUAAAGAUAAACACUGUUGAAACGAUUUCUAUUCACACAUACUUGCCCAAUGCACUCCUUCAAAUUGUUGAAUAUAAUUUGAGAUUUCUUCCGAUCGAUAGAAAAGGUGAAGUCCAGUAGAUUGAAUGUGAAAGAUCGUCAAUUCAACCUUCUAAAGUGUAAAGACUUAAUCUUGGCAUGAAUUCCAGCAGCAGUCUGUGUACAGAUUCAGAUGAUGCAUAUGAAUUUCAAACACCAAAGAAACGCCGUCAAAAAUCAAAAGUUCACGGUUUCAAUAACAAACGUGCUUCAUAUUACAAGACAGCGCGGUUAAGUCAACAGUAUCUGAGCAAAACUACAGCGGAUGUGCAUUUGCAAUCAUCAUCAAGUGACAUCAGUGAUGAAGAAUUUCCUGAAGUGGCCUCAUCAAUAUCUGGAGGCAAAGUUUGUAAAAAUGCAAGCAAUUCCUCAAGUAGUGCUAUUUUGAGUACUAGUGAUGAUUCCUCUACGAGUACUAGCAGUGUCUCAAGUACAACAUCAAUGAGUGAUGGUUCAAUACAGAUUGAAAUUUCAGACACUGAUGAUGACUGUAGCGAGACUGAUGGUGGAACUGAACAAUUUGACUGCCCUUUGUUUGAUGGUUGCUGCCACACCAAGUUGUCUUUCUAUACAUCAAUAGUUAUGUUUGUUAACAAACAUUCUUUGACAAGAGAUGCAUUUUCUGAUUUACUUGCCAUUAUUGCAUCACUUGACAGAUCGUGGGGAAUUACAAACUCUGUGUAUAAAGUGAAAGAAAUAAUGAGAAAGUGUGCUAAGUUGCAGGAACCAAAAGUUCAUUUCUUUUGUGAGAUCUGUCAGGUUGAGUUGGAAAAUUCCAGUGAUACAUGCUCAUGUACAGCUGAAAGAAGAGUUCUGGAAUACAACAAUCUGAAUGUUGAAAAACAAAUUCAGGAAUUAUUCACAGAUGAACUCUUUUGUGAAGCUGUCAUGACAGACAAAGAUUAUUCAGAGCCAGGUGUAUGGGAAGAUGUUUGUGAUGGGCAGGAGUACAAGAGAUUAGUUGCACUGAGGAAAUAUACCAACGAUAAGACUCUGCAUUUAACCUUCACAAUGAAUACAGAUGGUGUAGCAGUAUUUUCCUCCUCCAAGAAAGGAAACCUGUGGCCUGUGUAUGUUGCAAUCAAUGAAUUGCCAGUUCAGCUAAGGUUUACAAAGAAGUACAUUCUUCCAUGUUAUCUUCACUGCCAGAUAGAAAAGCCAAACAUGCUCACCUAUUUAUCCAACCUGAUGAAAACAAUUGCAGUAUUGAGCAGUGAAGGAAUGGAAGUGAUAACUUGCUUUGGAAAGAGGACAGUGAAGUGUCAACUUCUUGCAUCAUGUCUAGAUUUACCAGCAAAGGCUCUAGUAGCUAACAUGAAACAGUUCAAUGGUAAAUUUGGUUGUGUUAGCUGUUUUGAUGAAGGACAUUCAAACCCCAGAACUCCAAUGCACAGAUACUACCCAUUUCUUGAGAGGAACCAGCUGCGAACACACCUUUCCAUUUUACAAGACAUCCGUAAAGUGGCUAGAUCUGGUCAAGCUGAAAGAGGAGUGAAGGGAGCUUCAUCAUUACUGCUACUCAAAUAUCUUGACCUCACCAAAGUCUUCCCUAUUGAUUGGAUGCACUGUGUUCUGUUGGGGAUCACCAAGUCACUAUUAAAUUUCUGGCUUAAUACCACAUAUAAAACUCAAAAGUUCUAUAUAGGUGAUAAGAUGGCUCUUUUGAACAGAAGACUGCUUCAAAUCAAGGUACCAGAUUUUGUUGCUCGACGACAAAGAGGUCUGGAGGAGGCAAAACACUGGAAAGCCACAGAGUGUCGAGAAUGGCUUAUCCACUUCUCUGUGCCAGUAUUGAAAGGCAUACUGGAAUCAGAAGCAUUUGUUCACUACUGUCUACUAGUGACAGGAAUGGCUCUGCUAACAAAGGAGAGGAUAACAUCAGAAGAUAUCUGUUUUGCUGAAGAAAUGCUUCUGGACUUCUGCAGGAUUUUCCCUUCCAUUUAUGGUGUCGAGAAACAAACAAUGAACCUUCACCUCCUUCGGCAUCUGCCGGACUGUGUAAGGUCAUUUGGGCCAUUGUUCCAUUUUUCAUGUUUUGGGUUUGAAUCAAUGAAUUCUCAUCUCAAAAGCAUGUUCCAUGGCACUCGACAUGUCAACAGUCAGAUCACCUUUGCAGUUGCAAUGACAAAGUCUCUCCCAGGUCUUGUGAAAAGUAUCAUGAAAAAGUGCAACAGUGAUACAUUACUUGGAUUACUUACCAAGUUGUCUUCCAAGAUUUCAAGGGAGGAUGCUGGUGGUAUUGAGGAUGGAGACACAAAUGCUGUUUUGGGGAAGAAAAGAAUUUAUUCUGCCAACAAUCACAUUGAUGUUGUACAGAAGGUUUUGCAGGAAAACAACCUAGAUGGAAAGGAAGUGUAUUCCUUUCAGAGGUAUCGCAGAGGAAACCAAUUAUACAAAUCUGCAGAAUAUGACAGAAGCAAAACCAGGAACAACAGUACAGUCUUAUUUGAAGAUGAUCAGAUGAUGUUUGUUGGAGAAGUUUAAUUUUUCAUGCAAUGUGCAGAGUACAAUUUUGCUGUGAUGAUGAAAUAUAAAAGCACUGGCAGAGUAAUAUCUUUUCAAGAAUCUCUGAAAAAUGACACACUUCUCAAGUACAAGUCUUGUGGUAAAAAUUUAUGCUGUCACAUCCAACAAGUUGUUAAGGAUGUCAACUGUGUAAUACCAGUGAGGAGAAUUAUAAAGAAAUGCGUCCAGAUGGAGAUGGACAACUGCAAAUAUGUAUCCAUUCCACCCAACAUCCUAGAACAUAGUUAAAUCCUCAUAUUCAAUGUUAUUUAAACAUAAUUAUCAACUGUUAAAUUAUUUUUUCCUACAAGAAGAAUUUACAAGUAUAUGACUGGAACAUUGAACAUUCCAUGUCAUUUGUACAUAUUUCAAUUUUGCCUAUGUAUAGAUUUACAAGUAUAUGACUGGAACAUUGAACAUUCCAUGUUUUUUUCCCCAUUUAAAAGUUUUGUUUCAGUUUAAAAUUUUAUGAUAAAAUGUUUUCAAAAUACUUAGUAAAUGAAAACAUUUAAGGGAGAUGAACAUCCCAGUGGGAUGAAA